UCUGUACAACCAAUAUGAGCUUUAAGAGCUUGAGGCAUUAUGACUUAAGUGAAAUUUUUCACUAAGUCAAGCCAUACAUGCAUUUGACAUCGCUCAGACAACUAUCGCAAUGUUUCAGUUCCCAACGCGCACCUUUUUCAAUUUCAACAUAAUUAUUACUCUCUCGUUAAUUUCACUAUCUCAGUCAAUUCCUGUGAAACGAGAAACCGCAGAUUCAGAAUCAGGGAGAUCACCCCAAAAAAACGGGGAUUUAUUCAGAGAAUAUUUUGUAGGAACGGUUCAUUUAGCUUCCCUAGUGAACGAGUUGACGAGCUCUCUAGAUGAAUCGGUGGAUCCAUGCACAGAUUUCUACACAUAUACGUGUGGCCAUUGGUUAGAGCAUCAUCCCGUCAAACCCGGAUACUUAACAUGGUCAAAUAUGAACGAGAUUUCGAGUGGCCUAAGGCCCAAAAUGGAAUCACUGAUCACUGCAAACGAUUCAGACACUGACAGCGAAGCGAUUCGUAAAGCGCGAAAGGUUUAUGCAGCUUGUAUGGACACAGAACAAAGUGAAGAAGUUGGUAUAGAGCCAAUCAUGUCAAUCCUCAAUGAGAACGGAGGAUGGCCGUUAAUAAUGAAGAUUGAGGAUUGGCGAGCAAAGAAUAUUUCUUGGCAAGAAAUAUUUCCCAAGUUCAUGAAAACUUUUGGAUCGGGCGCAUUAUUCCACAUAAAUGUUGAAUCCGACCCUAAGACGUCGUCCAUCUCCAGACUGGCGAUUAAUGAGGCAAAACUCGUGGUAAAAGAAAGCGAAUUAGACGGCGAACCCACUGAUCAGGCAAAACGUGCCUACAAUCGUUACAAAUCCCAGGUGAUAAAUCUAUUCCGAAAAGAAUUAGGGACACCGCCUGAAGACUUAUCUACUUCAAGCCAAUGGGACGACCUCGAUCAAUUCGAGAAAAUACUGGCCUCGAUAACCGAAGGCGAUCACGACCUGAAAGAGAUCGACGAGUGGUACACCCUGAUGACAAUUGAUGAGUUCCAAGCUUUCUAUGACAGUGCAGGCAUGAACGCCCCUAAUGCCAAGAUUAACUGGCUGGAGAUGAUCAGAGAAGUGCUAUCCCUGACUCCGGAAAUUACAGUUGAUGGAUCGGAACAGAUACUGGUACCGUCAAAAGGAUACUUCACAAAGCUUGCUCAACUUCUGAAUCAAACUACACCGGAAAUUGUCGUGAAUUAUAUCAUGUGGACGAUAAUUCCGGAUUUAUCUCUGUAUGCGAAUAAUGCGCUGAAGAAUCCCCUGAUAGGGUUUUAUCAACAGCGUCCUGGAGUAGACCCGAUCGGGGAUAGACAAGAUGGAUGUGUAGUUUCCUCUCAAUUAGCACGUGCAAUUGGUUACGAGUUCAUACAAAAAUGGUCUUCACAGGAGACAAAGGAAGCGGUAUCUGAACUAGUGGAAAAUAUGAAAAAAGGAUUAGAGCAGCAUAUUCAAGAGUCUUCUUGGCUCGAUAGUGAUACGAAAAAUCUAGCUGCUGGUAAAAUUCAUGUAAUGGGAAAAUCCAUCAGCUACCCAGAUUAUUUCAAUGCUGAUUAUAUAAACAAUUAUUAUGCAGAGUUUAACCCAUCGGGAAGCUUUUUCGAGAAUGAGCUGGGAAAGCGGGCUCUUGAACUAAAAUCUAACUUAAGACAGUUGCAUAAACCGACGGAUAAAUCACUAUGGCCUUCUGAACCCACCGAACUAAACGCGUUUUAUAUGCAAAUAGCAAACGCCGUAGUGGUUCCAGCUGGAAUCCUUCAGCCUCCCCUUUUUGAGUUGAACAGACCAAAGAUAUUGAAUUAUGCAGCGAUCGGGCCAUUGAUUGGACAUGAAGUUUCGCACGCGUUGGAUAGCCAAGGUCGUUUGUACAACAAAGAUGGGGAUGUAGUGACUUGGUGGCCGCAGAGUGCCAUUGACAGAUACGAAAAGAACACCGAGUGUUUUGUAAAUCAGUACGGCAGCUAUAAAAUAUACGAAAAAGACGAUGAAAUAAUCUAUCUAAAUGGGAAUCUAACGUUAGAAGAAAAUAUAUCAGAUUCCACAGGACUAAAACUUACGUGGGAUGCAUACAAGAUCUUCCGUGAAAAGGAGGGGACCACCCCAAAAAUUCCUGGAUUGGAGAAAUUCACUGAUGAUCAAAUAUUUUUCAUAACUUAUGCAAAUGCGUGGUGCUCAUCGGAGGACCAAGAUUAUCUAAAGCAAUACGGUAACAUCGAUGAACACAGCCCAGCUAAACCGAGAAUCAACGGUGCUGUGUCAAAUAACGCCGGUUUUCAGGCAGCAUUCAAUUGCCCAGGAAGUUCAGCACUGAAUCCACCGAACAAGUGCAGCAUUUGGCAGUGAAUGAACUUCCUUAAUUAUAGAUAAUGCUAAACUUCUUUAAAUUGCAAAACUUGUAGUCGAAGUGUUACAUAUACUCAAAUCUUCUUAUUGAAGAUUUUAACAAUAAAAACUCACAGAUGGUUGCCAAUGACCAAAAA